AUGCUGGUGUUAAUCCGGAUGACCGCCGAGCAUGGUUUGGCCUAUGCCAUUCGCUAUGAGCGCGACCUCCACUACGAGCUUCAGUCGCUUACACGGCAGUCGGAGAAGUUCAGCUUCAGUGAUCUGUUGCAUCGGCCUUUGCGGCGGAUUACCCACAAGUUGGACAUCAAACACUACCGCGCCCGCAGGGUUGAUGAUUCAGAGAAGCUUCCCAACGUCCCCGAACCUCGGAAACCUCGCGUGGACAAGGGCAAGACGGGGAUUGACAUGUCCGGAUCGGUCCACAUGCAAGAUGGUGCAUUUGGACACUACGGUGCCCGGUCGGUUGAGCGUUAUGCGGCGGCAUUGAAGUCCUUCAAGGCGCGACGCGCCAAGAAACCGACCGGUCUUGACAAAUCGAACCUCCUGGGCUUGUUGGCCGGGCAGAGCCCAGGGAGGGUGCCUCAUUUCAUGUCCCUUUGA